GGCAGUGUUGUUGUUGACAUGGUUGAAGGCGAAGGCGUUUGAAAUCGAGUAAAUGGAAGCGACAUUCUCUUCAACGACGGCAAGAGGAUACUGGAAUCAGACACGUGGUUCGACAGAACCUUUGUUGCUGAGAGUAGAUGAGGCUCGCGAUCGGAAACCGAGUUCACUGUCCAUUGCGCGGCCUAGCAAGUUCGUGCAGCUGUCACUUGCUCGAACCAGGAAGAGUUCUUUCUUUAAGGUGUUAUCUGCUGAAAAGGAACAAAUUCACGUUGUAGAGGGAAGUCGUGUUGAUGAGUUAUAUGAUGCAUUGGUUACACGUAUUCUGCCUUUGGUCUCAGUGUCAUCAAAUCCUAAUCACAAGCUUUUAGUUGGGCUGGCUGGUCCUCCUGGUGCUGGAAAAAGCACUCUAGCACAUGAAGUAGCCAGACGUAUAAACAAACUUUGGCCAGAGAAAGCUUCUUCCUUUGACUCUCAGGUUCAACUUCCAGAUGUUGCUAUUGUGGUUCCCAUGGAUGGUUUUCAUCUUUACCGAUCUGAACUAGACGAAAUGGAGAAUCCCGAGGAAGCACAUGCCAGAAGGGGAGCUCCCUGGACAUUCAAUCCAUUGCGACUACUUCAAUGUCUCAAGAAUCUGAGAAUGCAUGGAUCAGUUUAUGUACCAUCAUUUGACCAUGGUGUUGGGGACCCAGUUGAAGAUGAUAUCUUUGUGAACCUUCAGCACAAGGUUGUUAUUGUAGAAGGUAACUAUUUGCUCUUGGAAGAUGGGGUAUGGAAGGAGAUAUCGUCUUUGUUUGACGAGAAAUGGUUUAUUGAUAUUGACAUUGACAAAGCAAUGCAGCGAGUUUUAAAGAGGCAUAUUUCAACUGGCAAGCCUCCAGACAUUGCUAAACAGCGGAUAGAGAACAACGACAGGCUUAAUGCAGAACUUAUAAUGAAGUCCAAGAAAAAUGCUGAUAUAAUAAUAAAGUCAAUUGAUUUCUGAGGAAUCGGUUUGUGCCAAGUCAAGCCCAAGGAGAGUAUUAUAACCUGAAAAGGAUGUCCGUAAUAAAUGAAUUGUCCUUGUGAUUUUUCAGAGUACAACAAACUGAAAUUAUUGUUGUUAUUAUACAACAGAUUUUUAGUGCAUUUUUUAUUUUUUA